AUGGAGCCUCGGGCGUGUUCAGGCAAGCUCCCAAGUUGCGACGUGGAUGUAUUGACCUAUGAUGAUGUACAUGUGAACUUCACUCGAGAAGAAUGGGCUUUGCUGGAUCCUUCACAGAAGAGUCUCUACAAAGAUGUGAUGCAGGAGACCUACAGGAACCUCACUGCCAUAGGUUACAAUUGGGAAGACCAUAGUAUUGAAGAACAUUGUCAAAGCUUCAGAAGACAUGGAAGCUAUAUCCUGUGUCACAAUGGAUACAAGCCAUGUGAGCACAAGAAUAUUGAAAGAAGCUAUGCCCCCCACCCCCAGAACAAUUAAGAUAUAUGUAGCAGUCCACAUUUGAGCAGACUUUCUCAGUGUGAUACAAGUUUAUAAUUAGUUGGUUUCCCAACUUCAUUGGGAAUAUAUCCAUAAAGUCACAUAGCAGAAAAUCCCUAGGAAUACUAGGAUUGUGGAAAUCCCUUUCUGUUUGUCCUGGUUCACUUGGCCGAUGUGGUAUGCAAAUGUAGUGUAUUUCACAAUAAAGGAAAGUAUAUGAAUGUA